UUGCUGUCUUUAAGCUGCUUUUGUUGACUCUCUCCGGAGUUUUCGAACAAUAUACUUCCUGGUUGCCGUCAGUCAUGCACCCGAUUGGCUAGCAUGUCGCCGAGGCUUUGCUACCAUUGGUUAGUUUCUUCCACGUGACCAGGUGCUACAUCAGAGGCACUGCACCCGCAGCGCCAAAAUUCAAAAUACGUUUAAUUAAAAACUGCGACUUUUUUGUUUUAUUUUGCACCUAAUAUGAUUUCCCCGACGAAAGGAUUCGCAAGAAUACAGCCAGGAGACGCGGCCAUCACGGAUAUAUGAAGGUGUGCAAGCUAAUUGGGAACAGUUGCAGACAUCCAGCGACAUUUUGAGCAGCUUUUUGACAAUGAGACGGAGCCCCAGAAGACCCCUGAUCCUCAAAAGAAGAAAGCUGCCCUUUCAGCAAAAUGACCCACCAUCAAGAAGCCCCAAGGAGGCGGCAAAGUUACCUUCCACUCAGCCCUUCCCUGACGGCAUCCGCAUCCUGGAUCACCCCAGCCUGCCCAACACGCAGGUGGUGAUCAUUCCCAAAAGGGCUGACCUGCAGAGCGUCAUCAAGGCUCUCACUUUGAAAGGCAAAGAGCGCGGCGCCCAGGGCCGUAACAAGUUCAUUCUUCUGGGGGAGAGUGGCGCCCUGGACAGUGGCUGUCUUUACCAGGCUAAGACGGUGGAUGACUUUACGGGGAGUGCAGCCAAACAGCAACAAAGUGGACUAAACUCCACGCAUGGUACUGCUUCCAUUGAAAUCAAACAAUUUAAAAAGGAAGAGGGUGGCGUCCCUUUUGAUGACAGCCUUACUAGCAUGCAGUGGCUGGAAAGGAGCGAUGCCUUUCUAGCCGGACAUGACGCUACGGAUGUCAAUAAAGAAAACCAAAAGACUCUUCAGUUUUCGGAUGCAGACGCCGCCCCCGAGGAGCCCGAGUGCGAGAAGCCACCGUUCUCCUACAUGACCAUGAUCCAGUUUGCCAUAAACAGCCGCAGGGACGGACGCAUGACGCUGAGCGAGAUCUACAAGUGGCUCCAGGAUCAUUUCCUCUUCUUUAGGGAUGAGACUCGGAUGCACGGAUGGAAGAAUUCCGUGCGUCACAACCUCUCCAUUCACAACAUGUUUCUACGGAAGCCCACGCCCAACGGCAAAAUUUCCUUCUGGACCAUUCGGCCGGAAGCCAACAGAGGUCUCACCCUGAACCAGGUGUACAAGCCCGGCUGUGCCCCUGUGCCCACCCCUUAUGCCAGGCCCAUGCCUUCAUUCCCCCAACAGCAAACAGUUGAUGAGGACAGGAGAUGCCAGACUGGCGUUGAGAGGCGGAUGAAGCUUCUGCCCCUUCCAACACCUUCCAACAUAGUCCCCAUCCAGCUCCCUGUCAAAACCUUUUCCUCCUCCUCGACAGCACACACGCCGCCUCCUUAUAGUCCUCCUAAAGCCAAGAGUUCAAGAAAAGCUCCCAAGCAGGUGUCGCAGAGCAACCAUGGCGACGCUCCAUGCAGCAAAGUGUCCGGAGAAGAGGAGAUAACUGAGCUGCUGAAUGUUGCCGUCAAGCGAAAGGGUCCCAAAGCGCUGGCAGAGAAACCUGCAAAGGUGUCCAGACGGAAGCAACAUCUUGUCCACUCUCUGCACGACGAGCCCGUCCUCAUCUACUCGGAACGCUCUGACUUUGACUCCGGUAUCGCCACCUCGCCCACCCUCCUGGACGAGCAGGACGCCGAUCCAGACCCAGAGGAGCAUCGCAGUCCCGACCGGCACUUCUCCUACAAGACCCCCAUAAAAAUCAGCCGCAGCCGCCUGACUUCCUCCACGCCCAGCAAGCCCCCCUCCGGCGUCCAAGCCGAGCCAUGGAAGGUCACCCCCUUGGGGAAAGAAGGCUGCAGUGUUCUGGACUUCAGCCCCAUCCGCACGCCCAUCGGCCCCGCGGUCACGCCCAUGCACGACUACACCACCUUCAGCCUGAACAGCACCCCCUUUAAGGACUGGGGCAUCUUCUGCUCCCCGGCCACCUCGCCGAGCAAGUGCCGGGAAAGCGGCUGCUCCCGAGAGCUGCUCCUGGCCGGCGGCGCAACGCCUUCCAAAUGCUCACUUACCGAGGGUCUCAUCCUGGACACCAUGGAUGACAGCCUGAGCAAGAUCCUGGUGGACCUCAGCUUUGGCCUGGAGGACGACAACCUGCAGUUGGCUGACGUCAGCCUGUCAGACAUCAUCCCUCAGCUCAAGUAGCUUGACUUACUACACGAAGAACCGCAAAGACGAUAAUACAUAACUGUCGCGUCAUCCAUAUUUAACUUUUAUGCUUCCAGCUUUGCUCUUCUUCACUUGUGGUUCAACCUUUAGUCACUUUUUGUCUGGGGGGAAAACUGCCUUAAUGACACUUUUUUGUUGUUCCUUUGUCAAUAGAGGAUAUAGUUUGUGUAAUUGUCACCCCCGCGACCCAGAGAGAGACAAGCGGUAGGAAAUGAAUGGAUGUAUGUUAAUUUGCACACGGUCUUAUUUAAUUCUGUUUCUUUAUGGUGUGAAAAAACCAGCACGAUGCUUCCAGGGGUCAGUUCUGGAAUGGGACUUUAGAAGGCAGUGCAGGUUUGUUAGCAAGAAGAUAUUUAAAAAAGAAAAUACUCCUAUUACUACUACAUAUUAUAAUAUAUUAGCAAUAGAUGGAUGGUUAGAUCAAUAGAUGGAUCUUUUAUUGUCAGUGCACGAGUACAACAAGAUUUAAUUUUCAGCACGAACCCGUUGAAAAUUAAGACCCAUUGUACAGGGUGACAGAACAGAACUCCACUUACAGACUCGUACUAGUGCAACAAUCCAUGCAGUGACACCUGGAAACACUAAAUAAUUCUGUCCUUUGUUUUUUAAACGUCGUACAAUAAAUGUGUUGGCGUCUGCGCUUUCAAGCACAA